CCAAAAAACAUGUGUUCACUAACAAGUAAAUGGUCAACCAAAUGAACCAGAUUUUCCUCUGAAACCUUUGGGUUACCUUCAACUAUCCAAUUAUGAACAUGUUGAUUUUUUGUAAACAUUUUGAAGCAAAAAUUAACUUUAUAUAUUUAGUGAGAUCAAAUCGAUUGACAAUCAUCAUGGUGAGAUGAUGAAAAAUAUGAAGAUACCAAAAGCGCAACCUCUUAAGAAUAUCUGUCAGACCAGUAGAAGUUUGUCGAUUGAACAAAACCUUUCUCUUUUCACCCAUUUCCAUCAUCAUCCUCCUCAUCGGUUAUCAUCCAAAGGCAACAACAACAACAAGUACAACAAAAAAGACUCAACUUAAAGACUUUAACCUCAACCUCAACACAGUUUCGUGAUUUCACCUUUUACCUGGAAAUCUUCUGAAUCAACAGGAAGAACGAAAGUCAAAAUUGAAAACCAAACAAAACCCAAAACAACUGAAAAUUGAACCAAAACAAGAAACAAAACAUCGAGACAAAAACAUAAAAGGAAAACUGAAAGUUCAUUUCAACAGUGAAAAAUUGUGUGAAUCUUGUGCCAUCAUCAUAAUUAUCAAUGAAAUUGUGACCAGUUUAACCCAAAAAUCAUUCCUCAACAUUAAAGGCGAUAAAUACCAGAAAAGCAAAUUAGACGAAACCCAUUACCAGAAAAAAAGACAUCAUUAUUAUGAUAAUUAUUUAAAGAAAAUCUUUUUUUCCCUCAUUUUAGCCAUUUAUCAUCAUUCAACCCAAUCUUUCGCCUUAUUAACCCAAUUUACAGACGGAUUCAAAGAGAUAACCAAAAUGUUAUAAUUCAUAUCCAAGUGAUAAAAUACAUGAAGCUUAUUCAGUGUUGUAAGUUGAUAAAAUCCUCAACUCCCAGUCUAUCGGUUUAAAGACAAGUAAAGGUUAUUUUACAUUUCAAGUGUUGAACUGGUUAAUCUAAUGAAAAGGGAAUCAAACCAGUGGACAACAACUAAACAUUCAAGUACAAAUGAUUUUACAUUAAACCGUCCCAUUAAGGUAACAAUGGUCAUCUCAUCUCGUUAUCAUCCAAUCAUCUGUAACAUCAUGCUACUAACGUUGAGUAUAACCCUGAGUGAAGGGAAACACAAUGGAUUUAAUACUUUACGAGGUUCAAUUGUUGAUAAAUAUCAUUACUCAUUUCAUUCACCAAUAUCAUCAUUAGCCUCAUCAUCAUUGUCCUCACCAUCAACAUGGAAAACAGGAACAACACCAUCAUCAGAAUCAUCAUCCAAAUCAUCCAAUUCUCAAUGGAAACCUAAUCCAUUAUCAAGCUUAAUAAAUGUUCCAACAAUAAGUUCUUUUAAUAUUAAUCAUGAUCAUUUAGGUAAAAGUUUAGGUAAGAAUGACUCCAAACUAUCUGCUCACUUUUCAACUCUUUUCAACUCUACCCAUGAUAAUUAUAAACAACCUGUAAACAUGUUGAUCAACAAUCAAUCAAAAGAAAUGUCAUCUUCCAUUGGAAAGCAAAGUUCAUCCUCAUCUUCACCUUAUUCAUCAUCUUCACAACAACCCUUUAUCCGAUUAGGUAAACGAUCAAGUGCAAGCGAAAGUUUACCCAAUCACGUUAUGCGUGAUUCAUGUUCAGAUGAUCAAGAAUGUUUACCCAGUAAAACUAAAUGCAUGGUUAAGGAAGGUCUUUGUGGCUGUUCACCUGGUUAUAUGGAUAUCACUUCAUCAGAAUCUUCGUAUGUUUCCAAAUUUUGUUUCAAAUUGAAACGCAAUGGUGAACAUUGUGAACAUUCAGCUCAAUGUUUCGUCUCCCAUUCAACCUGUGAACGCAUUAAUCCGCCAAUAUUGAACAACCAAAGUGGAACCUGUCAGUGUAAGCAAGGUUUCAACGAACAAGGUGGUGAUGAAGUUGCCGAUGUUAAUGGGUACGAGAUAAAAAGUGACCGCAUUUGUGUUCCUGUUGUAGUUGUUGUUAACAAAACUUAUAUGAAAAUAACAGUUGCUCUGUCCGUUUUAACAAUUGCAGCUCUUAUCGCGUGUACAUUCAUUGUGAUUAAAAUAAAGCGAAAUAAACGUCAAGCUCAAACAGAGACAGCAGUAGCAAGCUCCAUGAAUGGUUCCCAAUAUGACCAAGGUCAGCGUGGUCAACAUGUACGCGAUCUUGGUAAUCCACCGCCCAUGGGAUCAGCUGAGGCUGAAUUUCAAAACGAUUUUAUCCAAGUUUUUCCAAUGCAUCACUUGGAGCCUUGUCCAGAGAAAAACAUGACCGCAUUGAUUAUGCAGUGAACCUGUUGCUGGGCACACAGUGAAUGCGACUAAUCAAGUUAAAUCAUUACAAUUAAUCAUCACAACAAUCAAUUGCAAAGAAAAGCCCAGAAUAAAUUUUGACAAUUCAAACUCUUUUGCACUUUCAUUGACAACAGUUUCAAGUGUAAAAUGAAAUCAAGUCACCAAGCUCAAAUUAAACUUGUGAUGAGCCAACUUCAAUCUUUUCAUUUCAAUCUUGACCACUUAAUAGUGCUAGAAUCGAGAAUAAAAAACACAAAAACGCUCCAAAACGAUAUUUGAACAAAAGUGUCGAACCCUUAAUUUGUCCGUUAUUGUAACGAAAUUUGUCAUUUUGCGCUUAUUAGUCAACAAAUUGAACUUUCAAAGUUUUUAAAUUGUGAUGAUAAUGUCGUGAAGAAACUCAACUAUAAAUAAACUUGGAGUUUCCUGGUUUCGAGGUUUAAUCGGAAUUGGAAUCAAAUUUAAAUGCACACUUUCCAGAUACUAAUCAAGUUUCACUUCACCAGCAAAUAAUGUUAUACAAUGUUACUGGAAUCGUUUGUUACCUUUGUGAAAAUGUUUAACAAGAAGCUUUUCAUUUUCGUUCAACAUUUUCUCUCUUCAUUCCGAAAUUGUUUCACAUUCAAAUGUGUGCUUAUCAUCCAUUCAUUUUCAUUCAUCAGCUGAACAAAAGUUUUAAAUGCAGUUGUAAAACCAAGUAAAAGAUGAAAAUUAGUUUCCCUGUUAAUCGAGUUAAUUUAUUGCCAAUCAUUUGUAAAAUUACUAGACACUUGACUGCAUCUUUUGUUUUCUUUGUUAUUGAAACUUUUUGUCUUUGGUUUCAUUCAAAAGUCUCAAAUGUAAAAUUAAAUUUCAAAUUCAAAUCUAAUGUUCAAAUGGUUAACAAAAUUUGUAAAACAUGUGGACAAGUAUGUUCAUUAGGCUCAACCGUAAGAGUUCAACUUUACAGGACCAAUUAAAAGAUGAAAGUCAACCCGAAAAAGUCACAUUUUUUUCUUUCUUUUGCUUACAUGGACGGAACCGUCCAGGCUGCUAUUCUAGCCGUUUGUCAACUCACUGUCGCCACUUGCGGAUACACUAUUCUAGCAUCUUGAAUAUUGUCGUCUGAGGAUCUUCGCUCCAUCGAAGUGAUCAAAGCCAGUGAUAUCCAGCAUGACCUUUCUAAUACAAUUUAGCUUUUCAAUAUUUUAAAUAUUAUGUAUUAGGAAUCAAUUUUUGAGUAUAUAAUUUUGAUUAUUUUCUGCGAAACUUUGCUGUUUUUAACAUUUGUUUAUAUUAUUGGUUCAUCCCUUUGUCUUGUAUUUGGUUCAUUACUUCAUUUAUAAAUAAUUGCGCUUAUCUUCUUAAUCAUUGUACCAAAAAACUAACUGAAAAGGCUAAAGUACAUAAAAAUCUAUGAAAACAUUGUGUAA